GACGCACGCCACUGCUGCUCAGCAGCUCAUCUGGACUCUGAUCUCAACAUGCUCGCCCGCCGCGAGCUGCUCACGCUGACUCUCGCGCUGACGCUCGCUGGUCGAGGCGACGCAGGUGGAAUCGUCGGGGGCCACGAGGCGGCGCCGCACACGCGGCCCUACAUGGCGCUGCUGGAGCUGCACAUGCACAACGGCCAGCACAGAAGAUGCGGCGGCUUCCUGCUCAGCGAGGACUUUGUGAUGACCGCGGCCCACUGCCGAGCCAAGUCCCACAAGGUCUUCCUGGGAGUCCACGACGUCCACGGUAAAGGAAUACAGGUCCUGUCUGUUGCGCAAACGUUCCAGCACCAGGACUACAACGCGACUGAUUUCAGAAAUGACAUGAUGCUUCUCAAGUUGAGCUCCAAAGCGAUUUUCAACAAAAACGUGGCACCCAUUGCUCUCGCAGACGAAGGGAACGUCUCUUGGCCAAAGACCUGCCUGGUGUCCGGCUGGGGAAAAACAGAAACAGGGAAAAACUCCGUGGUGUCUUCUAAACUCAUGGAGGUCAAGGUCAAACUCAUUUCCUUCCGGCCGUGUGACGAGUCCAACUUUUACUGCUCCGAGGGAGAAAAAGGACCAAUCCAAGGAGACUCUGGUGGGCCGCUGGUCUGUGAGGACGGAAAGGCGUACGGUGUCUUCUCCAACGUGUUCGAGCCAAAGUCGAAGGACCCCGCCAUCUACUGUUUUGUUAAGAUCCCUCUCUACAGAACUUGGAUCGAUGGCACCAUGAAGAAGGCGCGCGGAGGCUCCGGUUCACGCGACGGCUGAUUCAAUCGGCCACAGACGGGUGUCGAAAGUGUGCAUCCUUUUUUUUUAAUGUCUCCUUGAUUUAGAUUUCUAAUGCGAGUUGGGUAGAUUUCAGUAAGAUGAUUCAUCUGCUUUUUUUAAAAAUGCAAAUGCUAUUGACUAUUUUGUUUUUAUUUGAUUUGUGAGUCUUCUUGUCGAGUCUUUUGAAGGAAUAAACUGUCUCUCUCUCACCAUG